AUGCCACUUAAGAAGAUGACAGUUGAGUCGAUGAAGACAACCUCGGUUAAGGAGCAAACCAACAGCUCCAUGGUCGACCAGGGAAUGAUGGACAUGAAACGGACGCCGUAUCCGCCGUAUAACGACAGGAUGUCUUGGUUUGCGGUAUUGUACAGAUUCGUCCCCGAUGGUAUAGGCGUGGCUGGUAUUCGGUACGCCUUUAAUCCACGUGAGAUCAAACUAAGAAGGUUGACAUGGCUUCUCCUCGUGUUCAUUGCUUUCUGUAUGACGGGCGGCCAGGUCAUUGAUAGGAUCCUGUUUUUUGCGUCCCAUCCGAAGGACGUUGACAUCAGCAUCGACUACAAGGAAGAGGUUCCUUUCCCUUCAGUCGCUAUCUGUAACAUCAACCAAUUUAGAAUGUCCUGGAAUGGCGGAGAAUUGACGCACGCCAAUUUCACUCGGCGAGUCACCGAUGCGGGUGUGUGCAUUGUGUUUAAUGACAUCGACAAUGGAUUUCCGCAAUUGAUGGUCAAGAGUUCUGGGUUGAAAUAUGGUUUACAUCUAAACUUAAACGCCGCCCAGCAUGAAUACUACUUCCAGCCUUUCGGUAAGAUCGGCGCUGGAUUCGAGGUCCUCCUCUACGAUUACGGGACCGAACCUUUAGUCGAGAAGGGAGCUUUUGGCGUUGCCAUCGGGAUGGAAACAAGAGUCGGCGUUGAAAUUACGGAAUAUCAUAACUUAAAGCAUCCUCAUGGACGAUGUGAAAACAACACCCUAAAGUACUUUGAGACCUACGGAUAUUCGGAGUGCGUUCUAGAAUGCUUAUCGGACUUCUUUCUAGAGAGAUGCAACUGUAACUGCUUAUCGAUGCGUAGUAAGAUUAUUUUUUAA